AUGUCAGCUGCUGCUGCUGCUGCUGCUCCUGCUGCAGCAGCAUCUGCUGCUGCUGCUGCUCCUGGGCCGCGACCUGUGGCCGUGGGGCCGCAGCAGCAGCGGCUGCUGCAGCUGCAGCAAGAGUCUGUUGCUGCAGCAUCCAGGCAGCUAACUGCGCCUGCUGCUGCUCUCGCCUUCGAUGGCUUCGACGCCAGGGCUGCUGAGGCCUCGCUGCAGCAGCAGCAGCAGCAGCAGCAGCAGCAACAGCAGCAGCAGCAAGUGAAGCACCACCAGCUUUCGUCCCCCUCUCUGCAGCGUCAUUUGCUUCAGCGGCCGUUUCUGCAGCAGCAGCUGCUGCAGGAUCCUGAGCAGCCUAUUGCUGCUGCCACGCCCCUGCUGCAGCAGCAGCUGCUGCAGCAGCAACUGCUGCAGCAAGUCUCCUUGCAGCAGCGUGCAACCACCCCGGGGGGCGGCAGCAGCAUGGGGAUGUCCCCUCUGCAGCAGCAGCAGCAGCAGCAGCAGCAAGCGCAGCUGCAGCUGCGACUGGGGCCAUGGGGCGUCGCUGCGGACCCCGUGGCCUCUACCCAGGGAGCUUCAGCAGCACUGCUGCUACAGCAGCAGCAGCAGCAGCAGCAGCAGCAGCCAGUGGUUGUGCGGGUGGAAAGCUGCUCUUGGUAUCGCUGCGGGAGGCUGUCGCUGCUCUGCGGCAGCUGCAGCAGCAGCAACGUGAAAUCUCCUUUGGCUCUGCGUGCUGCGCUGCAGCCGCUGCAGCAGGAGCUGCUGCUGCUGCCGUACGCGAGGGAGCAGCGUCAGCAGCAGCAGCUGCAGCAGCUGCAGCAGCUGCGGGAAGCCUCAGGAGCAGCAGCAGACACAGCAGCAGCAGCGGCAUCAGCACCAGCAGAAGGAGCAGGAGAAGCAAAGACAGUCGCAUCAGCAUCAGCACCAGCAGCAGCAGCAGCAGCAACAGCAGCAACAGCAGCAACAAACAACCCCAAGGCAGCCGGCGGGGCAGACAGCAGCAGCUACCGGGGUGUAGUGACAGUGUGUGCUUUGUGUGGGUCCCUGACGAAGCGUCUCCCUUCUGCUGCAGCAGCAGCAGCAGGAUCACGAUCCCUCAGCAUCAGCAGCAGCAGCAGCAUCAGCAGCAACAGCAGCAACAAGAAACGCCCGCCUGUCUUUGUGCUGGACGGGCUUGAGGGGCUGUGCGCUGUCUGCUCAGCGCUUGCUGACGAUACAGCAGCAGCAGCAGCAGCAGCAGCAGGCACAGCAGCAGUAGCAGGAGGAGCAGCAGCAACAGGUGCUGGCUCUGCUGCUGCUGCGUUUUCUCUGCAGCAGCAGCACAACAGCCUGCCGCAGCUGCUGUCUCGUGCUCGUGCUGCAACUGCGGUGUAUACGCAGCUCCAGGCGCUGCUAGAGCGGACGCUGCUGCCGCUGAUGGAUGCCUCGCAUAUCAGCAGCAGAACCUCUACAGCAGCAGCAGCAGCAGCAGCAACAGCAGCAGCAGCAGCAGCAGCAAACCGGAGACAAAUGGAGCAGACAGAGCUGCGGCUAGCCAUCAGCGACCUCACAGGCCAGCUGCUGCGUGCGGUGCAGUGGGAGGAACCGAGCGCCCCGCAGCAACAGCAGCAGCAGCAGCAGCAGCAGCAGCAGCAGCAGCAGCAGCAGGACGAAGAGUAUCGCAGACUAUGCUUGGAUCUGUUCGCGCUGCUGCAGGCCUCCGUGCGGCUGCCAGCAGAGCUGUGGGGCUUCGUCUCCUCAGCCUUGCUGCAGUGGAGACACCCCAUCAAGAAGGAGCAGCAGCAGCGCGACCCCCAGGUGCUGGUGACGCUGGCGCGGGCAUGCGAGAAGCUGGCAGCAGGACGAAGCCAGUCACCAGAAGCUGCUGCUGCUCCUGCUGCUAUUUCUGCUGCUGCUGCUGUUCCUGCUGCUGCUCCUGCUCCUGCUGCUGCUGCUGCUGCUGCGCUGCUGCUGCUGCUGCUGCACCCCUGCAGGGAUGCCUGCCCUGUGCUGCGGAGUGGCGGGAGCUGCGCCUCGUGCGGCGGCAGCUCUUCAGCAGGUUGCACCGUGCUGUCUGCAGCAUGGAGCGCAGCAGCAGCAGCAGCAGCAGCAGCGGCAGCAGCAGCAGCAGCAGCAGCAGCGACUCGUCAGCAGUUCCUUCUCUGCUUGUGCGCCUGCUUGCCUUGCGGCUUCGCGGUGGCGACCCCAGGGUUUGCAGCUGCAGCAGGUGCAGCAGCAAGAGCCCGUUUGCUGCUGCUUGUGACUGUGCUGCAGCAGCAGCAGCAGCAGCAGGUGCAGCAGCAGCAGGAACAGCUGACAGACGCUGCUGCAUGCUCUGCGGUGCAGCAGGCGAUCGAGUCGUGUCUGCUGCAGCUAGCAGAUCCCUUUGCUGCGCUGGCGGCCCAGCAGCAGCAGCAGCUACAGCAGCAGCAGCAGCAGCAGCAGCAGCAGCAAGCCCAAGAUGCCCGCCGCCCGUAUCCGUUGAUGCGCGAACUGGAGGCUGCAGCAGCAGCACCUGCAGCAGCAGCAGCAGCAGAUCGCAAGACAUUCAACAACAGCAGCAGCAGCAACAGCAGCAGCAGCAGCAGCAGCAGCAGAUUCAAAGGGCGCGUGCGGUCUUUCGCAGCUUUGCCUGAGCAGCUGCCCCCCCUGGAGUGUUCUGCAGAUGCGCUGCUUGCUGCUGCUGCUGCUGCGCGCUGCAGCCGCUGCGCUGCAUGCGGCCACAACGGUGCCUUUGUAGCCUGCAGCGGCUCGCAGCAGCCAGCAGCAGCAGCAGGAGCAGCAACAGCAGCAGCAGCAGCAGCAGCAGGGAGGCUUUGCAACACCCGAUACCACCUAACGUGCUUGCUGCUGGCAGCAGUAGGACAGGCGCCUCUGCAGCAGCAGCAGCAACAGCAGCAGCAGCAGCAGCAGCAACAGCAGCACCCAACAGCAGCUGCUUCUCGACCCCGAGUCUUUGCAACGCUCCGUCGGUUUUGGUGUCAGGACUGCUGCGACAGGGGCCGUGCUGCAGCAGCAGCAGCAGCUGCUGCUGCUGCUGGGUCUGCUACGCUGAGUGUUUCUGACGAUCCAGCAGCAGCAGCAGCAGCAGCAGCAACAACAACUCUAGAGGAAGCAGCAGCAGAAGACCCACUUUUUGUGUUCUUGGAGGGGGUUGGGGGCGGAGCUGCUGCUGUCUUGCUGCGGCUGCUGCUGCAGAGCGUGCGCAUCAAGCCUCCUGCUUAUGGUGCAGCAGCAGCAGCAGCUGCAGCAGCAGCAGCAGCAGCUGAUGUAGACAUACACCCUCUUGGUGCUGCGCUUAAGCAACUACCAGCAGCAGCUGCAGCAGAAGAGGAAGCAGCAGCAGCAGGCGACGGUUCUGCAGCAGCAGCAGCAGCAGCAGCAGCAGAAGCAGUUGUGCUGCUGCAGCAACUUAUCGCGGAUGCGCAUGCAGCACUCUACGAUGGCUGGUCUCUGCUGUCUCCUGAGCUGUCUCCUUUCGUUGGGGGUCGUUGUUCUGCUGCUUCGCUGCUUCCCUGCGGAGCAGCAGCAGCAGCAGCAGCAGCAGAAGCAGCAGCAGCAGCGGCAGCAGGGGCAGUUCCCCCGCAGCAGCAGCAGCAGCAGCAGAAGCAGCAGCAGCAGCAGCAGUUGUUAGGCCCAACCCCGUCUGCGCUGCUGCGGUAUGGGGGCCUCACGCUGCUGUCUUUGGGGCUGCCGCUGCUCUUCGAUGGCAGCAGCAGCAGCUUCGUGCCGAUCGGCUACUGUGCUGCUCGCCGCUUCUGGCGUGCUGCAGCACCGAGACAUCUGCACCAUCCCUCCUGCAGCAGCAGCAGCAGCAGCAGCAGCAGCAGCAGCAGCAGAGCAGCAGCAGCAGGAGGCUUGAGAGGGCGACAGGGAUUCAAUUUGCAUGCAGUUGUACAGACGUUGCUGCAGCUGCUGCAGCAACAACAGCAGCAGCAACAGCAGCAGCAGCAGCAGCAGCAACAGCAGCAGGAAGAACAGGUCUCCGACUCUUCGGCAGCAUGUGCCGACCCAAAAACAAAUGGAGCGGAUAGCAGCAUCAGCAGCAGCAACUGCAGCAGCAGCAACAGCAGCAGCAGCAGCAACAGCAGCAGCAGCAGCAACAGCAGCAGCACAAACACAGUUGAGUCACCUGUGGCUGCUGCUGCUGCUCCUGCGCUUCCAAAGAGGGAGCCGCCCCCUACCCCGCGGGCUUCGCAGCAACAGCAACAGCAACAGCAGCAGCAGCAGCAGCAGCAGCAGCAGCAGCAGCAGCAGAACAUGUGUGAAGAAGAGCAGCACGCAGCACAGCUGGAUUUCUCCUCUAUCCAGGCAGAUGUCUUCUUCGGCCUGCGCUGCCGCUACCUGCAGCAGCGGCUGCAGGAGGUGACCUCGCUGCUGCUGGCGGACCGCGCGCUGCAGCAGCUGCAGCAAAGAGCAGCAGCAAGACAAAAGAUUAAAUCGUCAGCACGCACUCUAGAAUCUAGGGUUUAG